CACUCACUUGUGUUUCUUUCUCAGGUCAGGUGUGUGGCUGAUGAUGGAUUUAAAGGAUAAAGUUGCUGUUGUGACCGGAGCAGCUCAGGGUUUGGGCAGAAGCUUUGUCGAAAUACUCCUGAAAAAUGGGUCAAAGGUGGCUUUAAUCGAUGUGAAUAAAUCGGUGGGAAAUGAAUUGAAGACCACACUUGCUGAGGAGUAUGGACGUGACAGAGCUGAAUUUUAUGCUGCCGAUGUCUCAUCAGAGGAAGAUUUUAAAGGAGUUUUGGAAAGAAUUGUAGAAAAGUUUGGCCGCAUAGACAUUAUGUGCAACAAUGCAGGAAUCCUCAAUGAAAAACAGUGGGAAAAGACUAUAGCAAUAAACCUGGGUGGAGUGGUCAGGGGCACAUAUCUGGCUCUAGAACAUAUGAAGAAGGAAAAUGGUGGUAAUGGAGGAGUCAUCAUCAACAUUGCAUCUAUGGCAGGUCUAGGGCCGUUGCCAAUGGCGCCCAUCUACACAGCAACUAAACAUGGCGUGGUGGGAUUUAGCCGUGCCAUGGCGGCCGUUUCCAAGUUGGUUGACUAUGGGGUGAGAAUCAACAUCCUCUGUCCGUGGUUUGUGAAGACCAGUCUUCUGUCCUUCAUGAAAUCAGAAGAGCACACCGGAAGUUUCUUUCCAUUGAAAGGCCUUACGGAGAAGAUGAUGGAGAACCAAGGCUGUCUGGAGGUUGAUGCUGUUGCCAAGGCCUUCCUUGUUCUUGUGAAAGAUGAGAGCAAGAACGGAGAAGUUCUGAUGAUUGAGCCUGAGGGUGCAGCUUUUGUUUCCUUUCCUCAAAAGGGCAAAGACUUUCCAUCGACUCCAGUCAGUCUAGAGUAGCCAAUCAGCUUCUUCCUCUGACACUGGCGUACCCGUCUGAGCCCCUGCGUAGUGAUGGAUUUACUUUUGGUCUACUUUUAUCUGGCUUGCAAGGCAUUUAAAGAAAACCCACCCAUUUCAAGUCAAGACCUUCUGCUAAGAAUGGCCUCUGAUUUAUUCUUCGGUGGUGCUUUUUUAUUAUUACAACCAUGAAUUUCAGCAAUUCCAUUGGUAUACAGUACACAUUUGCUUCUAUGGCAGAAUACACUUAAACUGGCAUGAACUGAUGAUCAUAUCUGUAUCUCUCUCUCAUGCACAAACAUAUUUUGUUUAAAUAUACUUCAAUCACAAAAUAUUCUGAAUAUGUAGUUCUCACUUAAA